CCAGGGCCAAACACGGGGCGGGCCGUUAAAGACGAGCACCAUACACUUUCGAUAGCAUCAACAUCGUCCCAUCGACAUCAACUCCGCCCCGUGUGGCGCCCCGACGCAGACAUGACCACCGUCGAUCCCGGCCUGUCGGGGUCGGAAAUCGACGUCGUGAGUGUCAUCGAACGUGCCACCUCGGUCUUCUCCAUGUUGGGGUCCAUGGUGGUCAUCACCACCUUUAGCUUUUCCCGCGCCUUCCACAAGCCCAUCAACCGGCUUGUCUUCUACGCAACGUUCGGCAACCUCAUGACAAAUGUAGCAACGUUGAUGGGCCGGUCGUUUGUCAAUGACAUCAACCAGGCUGGUUGCCAGCUUCAGGCUUUUCUCAUCCAGAUGUUCAUGCCCGCCGACGCUUUCUGGAUGCUGGCCAUGGCCCUGAACGUGCACCUCACCUUCUACUUCAAGUUCGACGCGCGGCAGCUGCGGAGGAUGGAAGUGCCCUAUUUUCUGCUGUGCUAUGGCAUACCCUUCAUCGUCUCCCUCGUCUUGAUCUUCGUCUCGUCCCCUGAAAAGGGCCGGAUGUACGGAAACGCAACGCUGUGGUGCUGGAUUGCUCCCGAAUGGGACAUCUUCCGCAUUGCUAUCUUUUACGGGCCGAUCUGGAUCGUGAUCAUGAUCACUUGCACUAUCUACGUCCGCGCGGGCCGCGAGAUCUACAAGAAACACAAGCAGCUGAAGGAGUUCAGCACCAGCCACCACGACCCGGAGCCUCUCCACGCCAUCGACGACCUCUUCAGCUCCACCAAAACGACCGAGGUUUAUGUCACUACCGAAGUUAUCGACAAACCCGGUUCUAUCGACCUCGCGCCCCUGGGCGCCGGCGAACGACGUCGAUCACAAGGCACAUCGCCUCAACGACCGUCCAAAGCAGCCUACUCGGUCACUAUUUCCUCACGCCGCCACGGCGAGCCCCACGGCGACAACAACACAGGCGGCCAGCAGCAGCAGCAGCACCACCACCACCAGCAGCAGCAACAGCAGGUCCAAACCACCAUCACCGCCGACCCGCAGGCCGCUGGCCCGGGCCUCACCCGCGUCACCACCAACACCCACAACAACAACAACAACAACAACAACAACAACAACCUAACAACCACCACCACAACCAGCACCAGCAGCAACCCGCACCACCACCCCACCAACUCCCCCUCCGCCCAACAGCAACAAAACCCCAACCCCCUCCGCCGGCGCGCCGCCUACGAGGCGACCAACGCGACGUGGUCCUACACCAAGUGCGCCCUGCUCUUCUUCACCGCCAUGCUGGUGACGUGGAUCCCGUCGAGCGCCAACCGCGUCUACAGCGUCGUGCACGCGGGCCAGGCCUCCCUGCCGCUCGAGUACAUGUCGGCCUUCGUGCUGCCGCUGCAGGGGUUCUGGAACGCGAUUAUUUAUUGUGUGACCUCGUGGGGGGCUUGUAGGAUGUUGGCGGGGGAUGUGCGGUCGUGGUGGUCUAGGGUGGGGGUGCGUUCUUCUUCCUCUAAUAUGAGGAGAAGGCGGGGUGGUGGUGGCGAGGGGGAGGGGGUGGGGAUGCAUUUGGGGAGGGGGCCGUCGAGGAAUAAGUUUAGGGUUAUGGGCGGCGGUGGUGGGGGGAGGGGGAGUGAUUCCAAGACGUACGAGACGGAGAGCAUGACCGAGCUGGCUGCGAGUCGGCCCGGGUCGAGUGGCAGCCCGACCAUGGUGGGCGGGACGACGCCGAUGCCGCCGCCGCAGACGGCGAAGAUGGGGGUGUGAUUUAUUUUAGGUCGGGCGGCGGCAAGGUGGGUUUCGUUAUUUUUUUAUUUUUAUUUUUUACCUACCUACGCGAGGAUGCCAUGCCGGUUGCUUGCGUUCUUUUCACUUUACUUACUCUAAUCGGAUGGGUGGUGCCUUUGCGCUAGCUGGUG